AAAAACAAUUUGAAAACUCAAUUGAUACCACUUGAGAUAAAGGUGAAAGACUAUUUAAAUGUCCACCCAGUUGCAAGUAGGAGGAAUAGAACUACAAUGCUUGGCGCUGUGAGAUUAAUUUUCUUGGCCUCUAUUUUGGCUGCCCUUGCUUAUGGCAAAGAAAUAUUUCGUCAUGAAGCAAGAAAAUUACCAGACCACUUACUCUUUGGAGUCGCUACGGCAGCGUACCAAAUAGAAGGAGCUUGGAAUAAAGAUGGUAAGUCUGAAAACAUAUGGGAUCGCGUAUCACACAGGGAACCUUGUGUUGUCGACAACUGCGACACAGGUGACGUUGCCGAUGAUUCGUAUCAUCAAUAUAAGCGUGAUGUGGAAAUGAUGCGGGAACUAGGUCUCGACUUUUAUAGGUUCUCUCUCUCCUGGUCGAGAAUAUUACCAACGAGUUUUCCAGACCAAAUUAAUGAAAAAGCAGUACAAUAUUAUAAUAAUUUGAUAAAUGAGAUGCUCAAAUACAACAUACAACCCAUGGUGACUCUUUAUCACUGGGAUUUGCCUCAGAAGCUGCAAGAUCUGGGAGGAUGGACCAACCCCCAUAUCGUUGAUUGGUUUACCGAUUACUCCAGAGUAGUGUUUCGGUUAUUUGGAGAUAGGGUUAAGUAUUGGAUAACUAUCAAUGAACCGCGAGAGGUUUGUUAUCAGGGAUAUGCAGCACAGUCUCUAGCUCCUCUUUACAAUAUUUCUGGAUAUGCUGAUUACAUGUGUGCCAAAAAUUUAUUGCUAGUUCAUGCCAACGUCUAUCAUUUAUAUAACAAUGUAUUUCGUAAAGCCCAAGGUGGUCAAAUCGGUAUAACACUAAGCGCACAAUGGUACGAACCUGAAUCAGAGGAAGAUAUAGAGGCUGCUGAGGAUUACAGACAGUUUGAGUGGGGAAUUUACGCAAAUCCAAUAUUUUCGGAAUCUGGAGACUUUCCAGCAGUCAUGAAACGUAGGAUAGCAGCAAAGAGUAAGGAACAAGGAUUUCCAAGAUCGCGAUUACCACAAUUCACUCCGGAGGAGGUUGAUUUAAUUAAAGGCAGUUUCGACUUCUUUGGGUUGAACCAUUAUACUGCUUAUAGGGUUUACAGAAAUGAAUCAGUCUACGGACAUUAUAAUUCACCAUCUACUUACGAUGAUCUCGAAGCAAUAAGUUAUCAAGAUAGUUCAUGGGAUUCAGCUGCUUCAAAGUGGUUAAAGCGUGUGCCCUGGGGAUUUUAUAAUUUGCUUACAAAAAUACGAAAGGACUACAACAACCCGCCAGUUUUCAUCACUGAGAAUGGAUUCUCAACCCGAGGUGGUCUAAUUGACGACGACCGCAUAAAGUAUUACAGAACAUACAUUGAUGCUAUGCUCGAUGCUAUUGAAGAUGGAUCAGAUAUAAGAGUUUAUACAGCGUGGAGUUUAAUGGAUAAUUUUGAAUGGAUGAGGGGAUACAGCGAACGUUUCGGACUGUACGAAGUGGACUACGAGAGUCCUGAACGCACCCGAACUCCUCGCAAGUCUGCUUACGUAUACAAAGAGAUGCUGCGCACACGAACACUGGACUAUCAUUAUGAACCUGACAUGAGCUUGGGAAUGAAUGUCGAAAAAAACUAAAAAAGACUAAUAUAGUUCAAAAUUAAACUAACUUAAUUGAUUAUUUCACUUUU